UGUAUAUAAGUUUGAAAAGUGUCUUUGGUGGUUCAGUCAUUAUUAGCAUUGUAAAGCAGUUGUCAAAAUAAAAAAGAACUUGCAGGUAAUUUAUUACAAAACCAACACAAUGAUUUUCAAGUUGUUGUUGCUUGUACUAUGCACACUGGUACAAUCAGAUAUUUAUUUACACAAUCCGAGUGGUAGCAAUAACAGGCUUGAUGAGCAAGGGAGAGAACGUAAUAAUGCAAAUCGGAUGUUCAAUUCUCAAAAUAAUAAUCGUGGUGGGUAUAAUGUUGGAAACUUGUACUAUCUUGAAGGAUCACAACUCCAAGUUGAGUGGACUAAUCAACAUUCUUGUGGUGGACCAAAUGCCAAUUGUGACAUUAUUUUACAGUACAUGUGCAGUGAUAAUCUACGAGAUGGUUAUACAACCAAUGCAAUUCCUUCAAACUUAAAUGGUUGCGCAAAAAAUGAUUGUAACACUGAUGUUAGAUUUGGUAUGAAUGAAGAUUAUGAAUACUACAUGAGAUGCACAAGAACACUGAGAAACAGAGGGUUGUUUACAGCUGAUCAAAGUUUGAGAGGAGUCACUGCACAGUAUACUCGUCAAAAUAAUGCAGGUACUCGUUAUGCAUACGAAUGUCCAGAAGAGCGAGACUACUAUCCCUAUUGGAGGUCUACACCUUGGAAGGAUAUUGUGGUAAUGACAAGUGAUACCAGUCGUUGUGAUUUUUACAAAAGUGAAAGUGAGAAUGUAAAAUCAAGAUUUUACUGUGAUCCUCCCAGCAGUUAUAUGAAUACUCCUCAAGUUAGGACGUAUUUACCAAUAACAAAAGAAGCUUGUGAGAAAUUUGAUUGGCCACAGGGCUCUAGAAAUUUCUCAAAAUGGAUAGAAAUAAAAAGCAAGAAUAUGCGCCAGCCAGAUUGCAUUCCAUCACCUAAGUCUCGAGAUAAUCAUAAUGGAAAUGGACUUGGAGGGUUUGCUAACACAUACAAUUGGACAGUACCAAAUGAUAUCAGUGAGAAUUGUGUGCUGCGUUUACGUUAUAACAUUUCAACUGGUGACUUGUCAAACUAUGUCACCAGUAGUGUCCAAGUUGCCAGAAUAUGUGAUGGAGGCACUCUUUUAAUCGAUACCAAGGGCUUUGGAACAAUUACAAUAUUAGGAGCAAACUAUGGUCGAACCUCGUCAACUCAAUGUGGUAGCAACGCUCGUUUUAACAACAAUUGUAAUAAUCAACAAAAGUCACUCCAAGUUGUUAAAAGUCUCUGUGAAUCUCAAACUUCUUGUUCUGUUAAGGUUUCUAGUAGUGUGUUUGGUGGUGAUCCAUGUGUAGGAACAGUCAAAUAUCUUGAAGUGAACUAUACUACUUCCACAGUAUCGAUAGGCACUUUAGUUGGACUAUCAGAUACAGAAGCCACUAAUAGAGGUUAUGUUUUUAAGAACAACCCUGUGGUCCAACCAUUGAAAACAGGUAAUCCUACUUUAGAUGGAAAGUUGCAACUACGAAUAGCUAUUAAUACUGCUCAAUAUGGUAGAACAUUUCAAGAUAGGAGUCAUCGGUUUGCAAUCAGACCACGCCCUGCUGAAUACAAAAAUUCUAAUAUAUACAACCUGAAUGUUCGUGGUAAACGAGGAAAUAUUGUCCAAGUAUUUCCAGCAGUUGAAUAUGAUUUUGUUCCUAGUCGUCUUACUCUAUCAGCUUCAGAUGCUAUACACAUACAAUGGACUGGAUCUAAUACAAAUCCAAAUAAUAAUGCUGGACAAGGCACAGCUGGAACUGAUCGCUCAAACAUUAUUUUAUUAAAAGAUAAAAAUUACCCAGAAGGAAAUCUUGGGCAAGCUGGUUUACCUGUUAAUCUAAAUGGUCAAUACGGAAAUAAUUAUCCCAUGCUUUUAAGCACAUCAAAAAGUUUUCUAGGUUUUGGUUUGAAUGAUGUCAAACAAUUAGCUUUUUCUAUUCCAAAUGGUGUUAGUUCCGAUCCGUUACUAAAUGAUGCUGCAAAGUACUUCGAUUUAGGCCCUCGUCCCUUAAAAAAUGCAGUAGGAACUUAUUAUUAUAUGUGUACUAGAAAUAAUAACUUUUCUAAUCGCAGUCAAAAAGGUAAAAUAGUUGUUUUGCCGCAAACAAAUAAUCCCACCUUGCCACAGACAAAUCCCGGUGUUUCGCCGCAGAUAAGUGGUGGUAACAUUUUACCACAAAUAAAUGGCGACUCGCCGAAGUAUAAUGACAGAAGAGACCCCAAAAAGAAGCAGUACCACCAGCCUAAGUUUGUUUUAACACAUAAGCGAGAAAAAUAAAAUGAAUAAAACUUUACGUUGAGUUAUGUUUAUGCAACUAGUAAACCGACGAAUUGCGAGUGAUAUAGUUAAAUGUUUAAAUGUCUGAUAGUUUUUAGUUUUUUAUUUACGUUCGCUUUUUUUAUGUUUUACAUUUAAAUUUUACUAACGGAUAUAAUUUUUUUUAGUUUAUUUUAUCGUAAAAAUUAUUGUUUAAUUUUGUGUUUAAUUAUAUGUACGGUAAUUCAAAUAAAUUUAUGAAUGUUUAAAAAA